AUGCUCAAGCGUCUCAUCCUACUCGUACCUCUCCUGGUGCAAGCAGUGCUCGCUGCUCCCGGACUAGAGACAAGACACAGACAUCUCCAUGACGAGGUACACCAUGGCCACGGCAACCGGAAUACUCCAACCACGACUGCCGACUCUGCCGACCAAACAAUCGACGCCCGCUGGGUCAAGGCCAAGCUGGGAUGGGUCAAGGCCCCCAACAAGUCUCAGAGACCAAACAACAACAACAAAGACAACUCGGACGGCACCGUCCCUGAGUUCAUCGCGCCGAAGCAGCCGUGGGUCAAGGUGCCCAACAAGUCCAGCAAGCCUAGCAAACCUCAGGUUGGCGACUCUGUCGGCUCCAAGGACUCGACUGUCCCCGAGUUCAUCCCUCCCAAGUUCUUCCAGGUCGCAAAGAAGAAGCCUCAGGACUCUGACCAAGACUCGGGGGAUCAGCCUGCUGCUACUGCAGAUUCUGACGAGGUCAAGGUCGAAGAAAAGGUUCCUGAAUUCAUUCAGCCCAAGGGCCCUUACCGAGGACCUCAGAAGUCUAACCCCCCUUCGUCGGAUACACCUGAGGAGUCUACGGUGCCCGAGUUUAUCCCUCCUAGGUCGCCAUUCGGCUACAAGAAGCCGCGUGCUGUUGAUGAGGAGACUGACAUUAUCGACGACGACUUUGACUAUUCUGAUGAAGACUUUCCUGGCAUGGACACAGCCGAGAGCACUGCCCCUGAAGACGACUCGUCUGAAGAGGAGCAGGCCAACGACAACACUACUAUCCUGGAGACCCGAGGCGUCAGAAGGAGAAACAUUCUUUACUUUACCAACUGGGGAAUCUACAGAGCCAACUUUCAACCUCAAAACAUCCCCGCUUCAGAAAUCACCCACGUUCUCUACUCUUUCCUGGAUAUCGCCCAAGAUGGAACUGUCAAAUCUAUUGACACUUGGGCCGAUACCGACAAGCACUAUCCGGGAGACUCGUGGAACGAGGCGGGCAACAACGUAUACGGCUGUGUCAAGCAACUCUACAUUCUCAAGAAAAAGUACCGCAACAUGAAGGUCCUCAUGAGCCUCGGCGGGUGGACGCUGAGCCCUCACUUUGUCCAACCCGCGAGCACGCUGGCCGGGCGGAGGAAGAUCGCCGCGAGUGCCGUCAAGCUACUCGGCGACUGGGGCUUUGACGGCAUCGACGUGGACUGGGAGUAUCCGCAGAAUGCUCAGCAGGCUCAGAACUAUGUCGACCUGCUCAAGGAGAUUCGUCUGGCACUUGACAAGUUCUCUAGAGAUAACAAGCUCAACUAUCGUUUCCUGCUCACUGUCGCCACGGCUGCCGGUCCUGCCAACUACAACAUUAUGAAGCUCAAAGCCAUGGACCAGUACCUUGACGGCUGGCAUCUCAUGGCUUAUGAUUAUGCUGGUGGCUGGGAUACCACUACAGGCCACCAAGCCAACGUCUAUCUGUCAUCCAGCAAUCCCCUCUCAACCAAGUUCAGCACCGACAGGGCCAUCAACGACUAUGUCCGGGCCGGAGUAGCCCCUCAGAAGAUCCUAAUGGGUAUCCCUCUUUACGGUCGUUCAUUCGCCAAUACAGCCGGCCUUGGCCAGAGCUACAAUGGCCUCGGCGGCGGCAGCAACGAGAACGGCAUCUACCUAUUCAAGGACCUGCCCCGUCCCGGCGCAAAGGCCGCCAUCGACAAGAACCUCAUGACCAUCAUCACCUACGACAAGCAGAAACGCGAGCUCGUGACGACCGACAGCGCCGACUCUGCCAGGCUCAAGGCGGCGUACAUCACCCGGAGGGGCCUCGGCGGCGCGUUCUACUGGGAGGCCAGCGGCGACAAGCUGGGGGCCAAGAGCGUUGUGUCGGCCGUCAGGAAGAGUAUGGGGCCCCUGGAGGUGUCUCAGAAUCUCCUAAGGUACCCGACGAGCGUAUACGACAAUAUUCGUCGUGGGAUGCCGUAA